AUGUCUCAAACUACUAAUCCUUCUGUUGUUUUGAGAAAAGUCGGCGACAUCGCCAUCGAGCAAAGACCAGUUCCUACCAUCGAAGACCCCCAUUACGUCAAGUUAGCCAUUAAAGCUACUGGUAUAUGUGGUUCUGAUGUCCACUACUACAGAAGCGGUGGCAUUGGAAAAUACAUAUUGAAGGCUCCUAUGGUACUUGGUCAUGAGUCGAGCGGAGAAGUUGUGGAAGUUGGUAACGCUGUGACAAGAGUCAAAGUCGGAGACCGUGUGGCUAUUGAGCCCGGUGUUCCUAGCCGUUACUCUGAUGAGACCAAGGAGGGUAGGUACAACCUUUGCCCACACAUGGCAUUUGCAGCCACUCCUCCAAUUGACGGUACUCUUGUGAAGUACUAUUUAUCUCCGGAAGAUUUUCUUGUGAAGCUACCGGAAGGUGUUAGCUAUGAAGAGGGAGCCUGUGUCGAGCCACUAUCUGUCGGUGUGCACUCUAACAAACUCGCAGGAGUUCGCUUCAGCACCAGAGUUGUUGUAUUUGGCGCAGGGCCUGUGGGGCUGUUAACGGGAGCAGUUGCGCGUGCAUUUGGUGCCAGUGACGUUGUUUUCGUUGAUGUGUUUGACAACAAGCUACAAAGGGCAAAGGAUUUCGGUGCUACAAACACUUUCAAUUCUUCCAAGAUUCCUACUGACAAAGCCCAAGAAUUGGCUUCUGAAGUAGAAAAGCUUCUAGGCGGAAACCAUGCAGAUGUGGUGUUUGAAUGCUCGGGAGCAGAUGUUUGCAUUGACGCUGGUGUCAAAGUAACCAAGGUUGGGGGAACGAUGGUACAAGUUGGUAUGGGCAAAAAUUAUACCAACUUCCCAAUCGCUGAAGUUAGCGGCAAGGAAAUGAAGCUAAUUGGAUGUUUCCGUUAUUCGUUUGGUGAUUAUCGCGAUGCGGUGAACUUGGUUGCCACAGGAAAAGUUAAUGUCAAGCCACUAAUAACGCAUAGAUUUAAGUUCGAAGAUGCAGCUAAGGCCUAUGACUACAACAUUUCCCAUGGUGGAGAUGUAGUCAAGACUAUAAUCGCCGGUCCCGAAUGA